UACAUUUCUUGUAUUCAUCCACAACUGUGCUUUUAUUCACCCACACACUCCUUUUCUAUUACUCUCUGGGAAGCAUAGAUAUAUAUAUCUUGAGGGGAGAUAUUGCUUUUAUACAACAGUUCUAAAAGCACCAUUUAUUAGUCAAAAGUAAUAAGCAACAACAGAUUUUCAUUUGUUUGUUUAUUUAAUGAUUUAUUUGGCUCAGCCAACACAGAUCCGUAACUGGACUGGGACUGAACUGUUGCCAAGCAACACAUAAACACACUACCAAUCUAUGCUACAUAAAGACUGCUAAUAACAUUAACGGUUAUUAGAAGAACUGUAAAGUGGAGUGAUACAUGUAUUGUUAAAAGUCCCAUAGCUCUAAACUCUAUAUCAGCACUCAUGGAAUGCCUCUUGUCCAAUCAAAUUACUUGGUCGGAAGUAACUGUUGUAUAAAUAUAUAUAUCUUGAAGGGAGGAUUUUGGCCAAUAAAGCAUUGGGAUGGUCAGUAGUGGGAUGGUCAUAUUCCUUUACUUACAUUUAUUUUUGGUUAGCAAGCCUAAAGUUCUGUCAGUUUAGUCUCUUUUAUUUCCCUAUAGAAUCAAUUUGUCUUCAUGGAUAUUGACAUUCGCAGUGAAGGAAUUGGGAGGUUAGUGUUUGAGUGUCACAAUCUUUCUUCCCAGCUCUUCUCCAAUGUGUGUCCAAAGACAUGUAAAAACUUCCGGGCUCUGUGCACGGGGGAACUGGGUCUGUCCCAGGGGGGCCUCAUGCUGGGCUAUAGGGGCUCUCUGUUCCAUCGGGUCGUGCCCAAUGGCUGGAUACAGGGGGGAGAUAUAUCACCAGCUGGAAAAGGCGACGGAGGGGAGUCGAUCUAUGGUCCAUAUUUUGAAGAUGAGAGCUUUGCGAUUUCCCAUAAUAAACGAGGCAUUCUCGGGAUGGCCAAUCAGGGUCCCCAUAGCAACAGAUCCCAGUUCUACAUCACUAUGCAGCCAGCCCCCUGGAUGGACAAGAGUUAUGUUGCCUUUGGUCAACUGGUUGAAGGCACAGAUUUCAUGAAGAAACUUGAAGAAGUCCCUACAUGUAACGAAAGACCCAAGCAGGACUGUAGAGUGGCAGAUUGUGGAGUAUUGGAGCCAUGAUUGCUCGACUUACUUUUCUUCUUCUUUUUUCUUUCUUUGCACCAACUUUUGUAAAAUGUUGGCUAGUCUACUAUGUUGAUUAAUUAUUAUCAGAAUAAAAAACAUACGAUA